AUGAAACCCCUUCAAUCUCUUUCUGUUGUCUUGUGCAUAGUUUCUCUCGUAGCCGCUGCCCCUAGAAAACCUCAAGGCUCUUCUGUUGCUGGCACGACCGUUACAAGAGGUGCGCAGACUCUGGUUUUGUCCGAAGUCAAUGGUGUCCCUGGAAAUGAGUGUUUGACUUUCCGCAAUAAUGGUGAAAUCGUCGACGCUGCCUGUGUUAAUACCGCAUCAGACCGACAAAUGACCCCCUCUACCGUCGGAAACAAGAACGUCCUUCUCGUCCAACGUUCCUUCACAGCUGGCUUUCGACCGGAUCUUGUGAAUGUGCAGGCUUGCGUUGGAUUCAAUGGAACAGAUUUCCUUGCCGAGGAUUGCGCUUCUCCGAAUAUUGACUUUGUGUCUUUCACCGGCGGCGAAUUGAAAAGUGCGAGUGGUGCCUGUCAGAGUGGACAUGAUAAUCGUGCUCAGAUCACAGUUGAUCCGACGGGCAGGAGAUGUGCAACUUUUACGAGUACCGUCGUGACUCCUGCGAAAAGCUAG